GUUAAAAAAAACAAAAACCGUUGAGGAGAGCAAAAUCUUCAGCAUAUUUCCUGUUGUUAUUUGUGGGCAGCACUUAUUCCCUCUACAAUGGCAUGUUCAUGGGAUUUCCAGUUCCGUGUUCUACUCCUAGGGGACUCUGGGGUUGGCAAAACCUCUCUCCUUCGCAGAUAUACAGAGGGAGAGUUUACAGAAACUACUGGGCAGACGGUUGGGGUGGAUUUCUUCUGCAGAGAAGAGGAGCCAGAAGUGGGUGUCAGAGUCAGACUGCAGUUCUGGGACACAGCUGGGCAAGAGCGAUACCGGGCAGUGACACGUUCCUAUUACAGAAAUGCUGCAGGAGUUCUCCUUCUCUUUGAUAUCACCACCAGAUCUACGUUUGAGAGUGUCCUGACAUGGCACCAGGAGGUGACAGAGCGUGCUCAGCCUCUCCUUUUUAUCUUGCUUGGAACUAAAAGUGACCUAAAAGAGCAGCGCAGUGUCACUAGAGAAGAGGCACAAGACCUUGCAGAUGCACUGGGAGCCGCUUAUUUGGAGACCUCAGCCCGGACAGGCAGUAAUAUUCCUGCUGCUCUUGGUCUUCUUUCUCGGGAGAUGCUGAGAGCUGAACGUGAUAGAGCACAUACACAGCAGAAAGAAGGAAAUGGGCCUAUUAAGGAGGAAAUUAAGGGAAAACAGAAGGGGAGGUGUGCAUGUUAAAGCUCAACAAUAGGGACAACUAGAUCAGGCUUGUUCCGGAAGAGGUGGUCUCCGUACUCAUCUGCCAGUGCUUGAAGGAGUAAGGAAGAUUGGAGGAGAUUAAGGAUUUGAGGAGCAGUGUGUCUGGAGGGGGUUUACUUCUUUUGUGUCUUCUUGAUCAAAGCCAUUCUCUGUUGGGGGACAAAGGUGAUCAAUGAAGAUGGAGCAUACAGCAAUGCAGAGAAACAGAAUGCGCAAGCUGGAUUUGCAGCAUUGUAUCCCUACUUUAGAUACAUUCAAAAAACAAAUAUAUUUACUGCUUUGACUUUUUAAACACAAUUAUUUAUAUACUAAUAAAAAUACUGCAAUUUGG